AUGUAUGAUCCAUGGCUGCCUGGAAAGGUUGAUCGAUGGGUGUCCUCACCUCAAGUGGAAGAUGUUUAUCAUUUAGUUGUUAAAGACCUGUUACUUGAGAAUUAUAAAGCGUGGGAUAUAGCUAAGAUUCGUAACUUGUUUACAGGUCGGGUAGUGGACGAGAUUAUUGCAACCCCUCUUAUUAGUUCGGUUAAAGAGGAUAACGUGGUUUGGGAGGAGGAAAGGAAUGGGUGUUAUUCAGUUAAAUCUGGUUACAAUCUAGCCAUGAGAUGUAUUAUUCGAAGCGAUAGGCACCAUGUAGAGGGCAGUUGGAAUGAUAUUUGGAAAGCUCAAUCUCCUCACAAAACACGUCACUUACUAUGGAGAAACGAGGACAGUGCAAUGAUAGGACGGGUUGCAUUGUUAUUUUGGUGCAUUUGGCAUAAUCGAAACGAAAAGAUUUGGAAUGACAUUAUUCAGUCCCCGGGCCAAGUUGGAAAUAUGGUGUUCGUCGUCUGGAAUGAAUGGUUUACUGUCCACCAACUGGAGCGUCAUAAUGUUGUUCCUAUUGAGGAUCCUAGGUCGGUUCGGUGGGAGAAACCAGAAGCGGGAUGGAUAAAGUGUAAUGUUGAUGCUGCGUUUGUAGGUGGGUCCGGUGUUACAUUUAUAGGUCUUUGCUUUCGUGAUACCAAUGGGCAUUUUGUGGCUGGCUUGACUCAAUGA